CAGCCUACCAUCAACAACCCGCACACUAUGGAGGGGGUUUUCUGUAAUCGCACACUCCACUCGCUGAAACCCUCCUGGAAAGGUCAGCCCUCCUCUCGCUCUCUCUCCCCAUGUAUCGCAACCCCUCCCGGAAGAGACCCAUGGCUCCUCUCUUUCUCUCGCGUCUUUUUCCGACCCCUCUGAAAGAAAUCUCGGUCGCCUGUCUUUCGCUCUCGCCGUCUGUCUUAUGCCGCAGGAAACUCACCUCAUCUCUCUCUCUUGCAGUCUGUCUGCCAAACUCUCCCGGCGAAGAUCCUCGUCGUCUCUCUCUCUCUCGCGCGCCUAUUUCCCUGCCCCUCCGGAAGACCCCAUCGCAUCUCUCUUUCGUCAUCAGUUUACACAGCAUAUUCGACAAGUUCAUCCCCUCCAUAGUGUCACUGCGAUUUGCGACUGCCCAAACAACCUUCCCGCCGAGUAAUUAGAAUAAUCUACUUUGUCUAUGUAAGUUCCGUCUAGGUCUCUUUCUAUAUUGGCUUCUGCGAAGUCUGGGUAUGGGAUUUGCCCUCCCUUUUUCUUCUUUCUCUUUUUAUUUUACCAGUGGUCAUGUGAUCUGAAUGCAAAGUAUUUAGUUCCAAUCAUCUGUGAUUUAGUCCUUCAACUAAUUCAUAGCAUCAGUUCCCGUCGGCAAUUCAGUCCGACACUGCCCUAGUGCCGUUACAUGGUUUUAAUGGGAUUAAGACUCAAUUUCUAGAUUGUUUUAAGAGAAUUAUUCUUUUCAGAAUUAGAAGAUGCUGACUAAUUGGUUACCAUUCUCAAUGGAUUUUCUCUUGGGCGUGCAAUGGUUGCAGUAAUGCCGCUGAAAAAUCAUCGCGAUAACACGUCUUAUAGCCAAAAUCCUCCAUCCAAAUCAAUCUCUACCAAUGCACGAUGUGAUAUGCUCAUUUUAUUCUUGGUGAGGUGUUUUGCUCAGAUUGUAUGUUAUGUAUGCCCCAAAAUUCGAAUAUAUUUUAUUUUUGUUCCAUUGUGUCUUUGUUAGGGAAAGGAAUAUUGCUCGCAUGAAGGUCCAACACUAGCUGAAGUUGACAAGGAGGGCACCUCUCGAGGGCGCAGGUGAAGUUUGAUAUUGUCUACUAUAUUUUUAAGUACAUAUCAGUUGUUCUUAGCUUUGAUGCUUCUUAUUCUUGGUUAUUGAUAAGUUGAAAGCCCGUUUCACUUGCAUGAAAUGACAUCUUGCGAUUUUAGUUAGGAGGAGAAGGAAUGUUUUGGAGGUUAGACAAAUUAAUGGAGUACGUGUUGUUCAGCCCCAAGUUGUCUCUCUCUGCCUUUGCUUAGCUAUGGGUGAUAGUAAGUUUCUUUUCGGUAGCUUUACGUGUGAUAACUCUCUUUCGUCAUUUUGUAUCAUAUUCUUUCUCAUGUUGCAUCUACACCUCGAGCAGUGCAUUUUGUGAUUCUCAAAAUCAUGACUUCUAAUGGGUAAGAGAAAAUCAAGGCUUUGAAUGGAUAAUCAGAUUGUAAAUAGUCUUAGUGGAAGUGUUUUGCUGAUCAUUUCCUGCUUAAUGUUAAGGACAAUCGGGGGUUCAAAUUGUAAAUAAUUUGAUUUCUGAAAUUUGUUUAUAAUGAUUCUGCUUUAUGUUACAACUGGGGUUCCAUUAUGAAUCAGUUCUUCAUUUCCAACUACUUUGUGUAUUGCUUUAACUGUAAAAGGAACAAACAGUUAAGAGUAUUUUCCUUUUUAGUUUGGUGGAAAGAAUCAAGGGUAUCUGACCAAGACUUGUUAAACCAUGUCCUGCUGUUAUACAUUUCUAAUGAUGUAUGCAAAGAAACUGUGUUACUAUACAGAACUACACCACUUACAUGUAUGAAACCAAACUAAGUUGCUGCUAAAAUGCUUUAACUUCUACUGAUGCACAAACACAUAUGCAUUAUCAGUUUUAAAUUUACGCCCCAUUCUUCAAUUGAGAGUAAGAUGUCCAGUUGUUGCUUGCCAAGAACUGAAUUAGCACUAUUGAGUGCAGGGUGUUGUUCUUGGGAGCUGUUUACAAAUGCUUAAUUGACUGUCAUUGUGUUUUUUAAUAAUGAAAAUAGUUUAAGACCAUUUUUUAUGCAUUCUAGGGAUAAAAGCUUGAAAUACACCUGUUUCGGUUGCUGAGAAACAAACUCUUAAGGUUCCAGACAUAUCCAUCCUUCAGCUUAUCAAAUAUGGAAGAGCAUGAUUUAAGUUUUUUUUUUUUUUUUUAGGAUUUGGAAUCAUUGGAACACCUAAUUUUGCUAUUAUUAACUUAUACUUUAUUGUGAAUUUCAGGAGAAAGUGUUUGUGGUUGAAAGUCAUGUGAUUGAAGUACAAUGUAACUGGUGCUACAUGGGGCCUGUUGGAUACCCUCGCAAAGUACAAGAGAACUUGGAGGAGUACUUUUACAAACACUGCAAGACAACGUCUUCAAUUGCAAAAGCCAAGUAAGCUGAUAAGCUCAUUCUGUCUUUUCUGCAAACUGCAUCUUAGAAAUUUUGUUACAAUUUAUAGGUAUGAAAUUAAUUCAAUGUAGGCCUGCACACUCAGGUAAUUGUUGAAUUAAUUCGAACCUGAAACUGAAAUUAUUUUAACUUUAGUAACCCUCAAACCGAGUAUACUGUGGUUAGCGUUGAGCAUGAUCCUCUUGGGGUAUGUGAUGAACACUUUAGUGGCAAAUCAAUUUCAUUUAGCUAGAAGUUACCAACUUAGUUUCAUUAUUUCCAUUUCUUUAAUUGCUCUAAUUUCAUUGCAUCAAAUCAGCAAGACAUCACCUCACUCCCUCAUAAGUCAACUCUUACCUCGGAGAUACCAUCCCAGAAUUCAUCUCAUGACAACGCCUACAGGGAUAAACCAGAUUUGGUUGGUGCGAACUGAGAGGAAACCGUCAUAACAAAAUCUGAAGUCCGGAGGGUCUUGGAGUGAGUACCUUAAGAAGUCGUAAAAAAAAAUUGUUCGAUUCUGACCGAGGAAGAGUAGUGGUAUUGUUGGAAUCAUUGUUUAGUUAAGAACCAGAUUAUGAACCAUAUGUUUAUUGUGUACUUUCAUAACUAAGCGUUUGUAAAUGUUUGGUUUUAAUAUGACCAUAUAUUAGAUUGUAUAUGGUUUUGAAGUUGAAAAUAACAUUGAUUUGUGUGUGUUUAUAAUACCAACAGCUUAGUGCCCGUGUGUUUACAAUUAGCUUUAGUGUCUGUGUUCUUUAUGGCAGCAACUCGCACAUACGUCAUUUUACGACUCCCCAUCCCGUUUUCUUUCCAGUUUCGGUUCAAAAUUGGAAUUAACACAGAAGCCCACUCUCCUCUAUUCCCAGUCUUAUCACUUCUAUUUUUUAAACAUUGAUAUAAGUAGGCAAAAGUUAUAUAGGAGAAACAUAAAUACGAAUAGUCCAAUAUGAGCAACUCCAAAUAGUCUUCACUUAAUAAAGUGGCAACACAAUGAUAAAGUAUUCCCUUGAAGCACACUCGAAUUCACCAAGUGAGCAGUAGUGUUAAUAGAGCCGGUUCCACUAAGAAGAAUAAACCUUUAUCAACUUCCAUUUUUAUAAAACGGUGACUAAGGGGUACCAGAUUAAGAUAUCAAGGCCUCACCUACUUUCUUCAAUUAACUUUCUAUAUGUGUUCCCAAAAGAGAAUAUUUAACCAAAAUGUUCAUUUUUGCUACAAAUAAUCAUCUGUUGUAGUGUGAUGCAGCCAAAAUAUUGAGAACAUUUUUAGUUUGUUGGUGUUUAUACAAAGCAAUAUCAGAAUACCAGCUACUAUUAGCUUUGCCGGCCAACGGGCCGGGCCCAAUGCUAGUCCUCUAAUAAGAGCAACGUUCUCGUUCAAACUUUAGUAUUUUGGAAAUUUUUUGUGUAAGCAAUGUGAGAAUUUUUUUUUUAAGUAAUCACUAUACUUCUUCUAUUCUCUCCCGUGGGUGUGAAAAUUCAAAGUUUGUUGUAACAUUCAAAUGGGCCGAUGAUAUUUUGGGCUAAUGUGCAUACGUACGUGGGAGUUGGGACUACCGUUAAUAGAUCGGUAGAAAAGCCCAGAUUCUUCUGGAUUCCACUCCACGCAACAAAUCCAAUUUGGAAACUGAAGUCUGAAUCCGAGGAGGACGAAAAGAAUUCCGACACAGACACCUCACACCUACCAAUAAAUUGCCUAAAAUUGCCAGAUUUCUUCGGGGUCACAUCACGUCUCGACUUUCCUUUCCCGAAACCCAUUUUCCUGGCGAUCGGAGCGCAAUCGAAAAGUAGGCAGCUUUCCGGCAGCGGGUUAGAUCAUGGAUUUCGAGUUGAGAAGGGCCAGGGAGAAGUUAGAAAAGGAGCAGAAGGAGAGGAAAGAGAGAGCUAGAUUGAGACUCGAAAGAGAUAGGAAGGCCAAAGAAGAGGCUCGCAAGCAGCGAGAAGCCCUCGAAGCUGUUCAGAGGUCCCGGAGGCUCGAAGCUGCCGAAGCCCAACUCAAGGCAGAUGAGCAAAUGCAAGAGAAUUUGAUUGCCGGGAGAGGAAUUGUGUUCUCUCGUGUGUUAGAAGCUGUAGGUUUCCAAGGAAGUGGGGAUAAGAUCAAACUGCCCCCUUCUUGUUUCACUGAGUUAUCCGAUCAAGGUGCUUUUGAUAAAGGGCCAUUGUACUUCCAGUUAUCCGUGGUUCAUCAUGAAGCUGUUUCAGAAACGAACCACAAGGAAACCCAUUCUGGUGCUCUGGAGUUCACUGCAGAGGAAGGUCAAGUUGGGCUUCCUCCUCAUGUAUGGGGUAACCUGUUCCCCCUAGACAACACUCCUUCUCCUGCAACUGCUUUAGUUGAGGUUCGAUAUGUGUGGCUGCCUAAAGGAAUUUAUGCAAAGCUUCAACCGGAUGUGGUUGGCUUUUCGGACAUCCCUAAUCACAAGGCUGUACUCGAAACGAGCCUCAGGCAGCAUGCUACGCUUUCCGAGGGCGAUGUGAUCACUGUUAAUCAUGGGGUGUUAACUUACAGGUUGAGAGUACUCGAGUUGAAACCCUCCUCGAGUGUCUCGGUUCUUGAGACAGAUGUUGAGGUUGAUAUAGUGGGGUCAGAUUCGCCUUUGGAUAGCUCAAAUCAGCAUGUAUUGAAGCAACUGACAUUUGGAGUGUUGGAAUCUGGAAUGGUUGAAGAGGGAAAAUACAAGUACUAUAAGUUCUCAAUUGAUGAUCUCGUUUGGGAGACCGUCUCUUCUGGGGAUGUUAGGAUUGAGGUGAAGAUUGACGUUGAGACUGGUGAUGGUGAUACUGAUCUUUACAUUUCCAAGCAUCCACUCAUUUUCCCGAACAGACACCGACAUGAAUGGUCUUCACAUGACAUGGGUUCGAAAGUACUGAUCCUGACCUCGAAAGACAAAAACUUGGGAGUGGGAACUUAUAGCAUUGGUGUUUAUGGCUUCAAAGGAACAGCCAAGUAUAAGGUUUUGGUGAGUGCACAAGAUAAUAGCACCUUCAAAGUAGGUCAGCAGGCUGGAUCGACUACAUCAGCGUCUGUGAAUGCUGACACUGUUGAGUGCAGAAAUUGCAAGCAUUUCAUACCCAGUAGGAGCAUUGCACUGCACGAAGCUUAUUGCAGCAGGCACAAUCUAGUUUGCCAACAUCCCGGUUGUGGUGUAGUUCUGAGGGUUGGCGAGGCCAAGGACCACCUCCACUGCGACAAGUGUGGGGAGGCAUUUCAUAAGGAUGAAAUCGACAAGCACACGAAGGUUUUCCACGAGCCUCUACAGUGUGGCUGUGGUGCGGUUCUCGAGAAGGAACAGAUGGUGCGACACCAAACUUCUGUAUGCCCACUACGACUCAUCACAUGCCGCUUCUGUGGCGACAUGGUUCAAGCUGGGAAUUCAGCCAUGGACACGAGAGACAGAUUACGAGGGCUCUCGGAGCACGAGAGCCAUUGCGGGUCUAGAACCGCACCAUGUGAUUCGUGCGGUAGAUCUGUCAUGUUGAAGGAGAUGGACAUUCACCAGGUAGCAGUUCACCAGAAGGGCUGAUGUUAGAAUGUAAGAUUUUAAGAGAGGAGGAACACACAGGGGCAGCCAUGUUUCUAUUCAUAUUGUUGUAUAGCUCAUCCCAAAUGUAUGAUCCAUGAGUUGAAGUUUCUGGUUUGGCUUCACUUGUGGUGUUGUGGAACUCUCCCAAUUGGAUUGUCUUGUAAUAUUGCUUCUGAUUAUUUAUGCUUCUCCAACCCACUAAAGACUGGAGUUUCACAUGAGAAAUGAAAUGGCAUGGGAUCU